AUGGAGCCGGCCCCCAUCACCAUGCCCACUAGUGCCUGCACUGCCCCUACUUCUGCCGACCCCUUUGGCCGUCGCAACCGAGACAGCGUAUCAAGCAAAUCCUCGGCCCCUUCUGUUGGGUCCGUCUCCUCUUCGUCCUCUUCGAAACGCAAAUCGCGAUCGAGCGUGCACCUACAGCAAGAGCAAGACGUGGUCAUUCCCAUGGGCGGCGACCACACUAAACGCGACAAGUUCCUCGAAAGAAAUCGAAUCGCGGCAAGUAAAUGCAGGCAGAGAAAGAAGGAAUGGAUCAACGGCUUGGAAGAAGCUAAGAACGGCCUCGAAACCCAAAACUCCCACCUCCAAAUGGAGUAUAAUGGUCUCCUGAGUGAGGUUAGUCGGAUGAAGAACCAAAUUAUGGCCCAUGCCAACUGCCAUGACCCGAAUAUCGACAAAUGGAUCGAGAACGAGGCUAGGCGGUUCGUGCAAGGCCCGACGGCCACCGAGUACCAACCACCUGUUCCCUUUCCCGCCCCUUCCUAUCCUAAUCCCAGCGGCCCAUCGUUCGCCAUGAGCUAUGAAGGCUACGCUGACGAGGGUGAGUGA